GCUGAGGAAAGAGUCAGGUAAGAUGGCAGCCUCUCCAUGGCAAAACUCUGAGGUAUAUAAACAUCACCAUCAGAAGGAUGUGUGUUUUACAAGACCGAAAUACAGAGAAGGCAGGAAACCAAAGGCUGUCAAGGUGUACACAAUCAACCUAGAGUCAAGCUACCUCUUGGUGCAAGGAGUGCCAGCAGUAGGAGUAAUGACAGAGCUGAUCCAGCUCUUUGCACUUUAUGGAGCUGUUGAGGAGUAUCGUAUAUUGGAUGAUUAUCCUGCAGAAGAGUUCACCGAAGCCUACCUUAUUAAGUUCCAAAAAAUCCAAAGUGCAAGAGCUGCAAAACGCAAGUUGGAUGAAAAAAGUUUCUUUGGUGGUUUGCUUCAUGUCUGUUAUGCACCAGAAUUUGAAACAUUGGAAGACACAAGAGAAAAGUUACAAGACAGAAGGCAGUUUAUUGCAAGAGUAACCCAUAACAAAAAUAAAAAUCUGCCUAAAUUGGAAAAGUCUAAAGAAGCAGACAGCAGUGCUAUAAACAGCACCUUGCGGAAAGAACUUGCAGCCACAGCAAAGGAAUAUUUUGCCAGUGAGACUGAACAUUCCUCCUAUUAUGGUUACCCAAUGCUACCACCACCUCCCCAAGAACAUCUGUCCGUUUUGUCACAUGUGUCUGGUUGCAGGGAGCAAACUAUCAGCACUCCGUCACCAUUUCAGUUGAAUUCAUCUUACCCAAGUGAGAUGCCUGAACUGUGGAAAUUAAAUGAAAAGGAGGAAACUUCAGUAAGGCCAGAGAAAACAACUCCUCCAAGUGCAAAGCAUAUUUCUGACCUUCAUUGUGGCACAAGAUUUAUUCCAAGGACCACAUGCUUGCUGGACAGAAAACGUAAAAAUGAAAAAGUGGGAACUAAUUUAUUAAUUGGAAGCAGUGCAGAUCACACAAAUGAAGUGUUAAUUGGUCCAAAAUUACCAGAUAUACCCAAAGUAGAAAUGGGAGAUACCUCAUUAAACAUAACAGCAGACUUGAUUCGAAACAAAAUAUUAAAGGUUUCUUCAGUAUCUGAAGUGAAAGAAGAAAAUCGGAACCUGCAACAAAACAAUCAACCAAAACAACGGCGGAGAAUUUGACCAUCUACAGCUUGUAAAGAUUUACGAUGUGUGGAUUGUUAAUUUCCCCCCCAAGCGAUUCCCAGACUGAUAUUCAGGAUUGAUGAAUGCACUAUAUGACCACUCAGUAAACCAGUAUGUAUAUACAGCAAAACAGUGUGCAGUGAGCUUCAGAAAAUGAAAAUGUUUUAAUCUGGUUAUGAAGUAUUGUUCCUUCAGUCAAAACUGAAUAAAAGGAAAGUCAUCCAUAAUUCUUUGCAAUUGAUACAUGAUUGUAUACGCUUCACUAUUUACAAAAUAUAUAUAUAUAUUU